UUACUGCCAAUAAUCUAAAUUUUGAUAUUUUUGUAAGUCAAAGGAAAAGAAGCAAAACAACUAUGAUUACUACUGAGUUGAACCACUAUCUUUUUAAAGAACUCAUUCCUCAUCGAUCUGUUGAUUUUGAUAUAUUGAUGUGGUGGAAACUCAAUGGUCUUAAGUCCCCCACUUUGCAAGCAAUUGCAAGAAAUUGCAAGAAAUCUCUUGGCCAUACCAGUUACAUCAGUGGCCUCUGAGUCUGCUUUAGCUCUGUUGAGAGGUUAUUAGACCCUCAUCGGAGCAGGCUGCACUAUAGUACAGUGGAGACAAUAAUGUGUACCCGCAGCGGGAUCAUGGAAGAUAUGCAAAGAAAAUCAGAAGCU